AUGGAGGGGAGAAGGGUUUAUACGCCGGCGAACAGGCAGUUGCAGACGGGAUUUCCCAGGCCAAACUUGCGCGAUCCGUCACCAAGUGCUAGACCGGAAGUACAAAAGCCCGGAACAGGUUCGAGGUUUGGAUUUGGAAGGGCGGCGAGCAAGGCGGUCAGGGCGGAUCCCCCGGAGUUGAGGGCGAAGUCGUCCCGGAAUGUGCUGAGAAGGAAGCCUUCUUCUAUAGCGCAGAAUUCAGAGAGUCCUCGGGCUCCCAUGGAUAGAUCCAUCUCUUCAUCACCAACGAAAUGGACCCCGUCGCAUGUGGAGAAGAGGCCGAGCAUUGAUGCUUCACUCCGAGCGGCUGAAGCAUACAAUGAGAUAUUCACCAGGACCAGAGCGAGGGCGCCACCUACGAAUGAGGCUCCGAGGAUCAUUCCGGAGCUGGAUAGGUAUCGAUCAAUACCAGAUCAGAACUGCAGACCUGCCGCCGAGGUACCGCACAAACUGUCAACUCAAGAUCUACCCCCACCUACUCCACUAUUAUCUGGGACUCCUGUCUAUUCCGGUAGCAGCAGUCAUCACAGGUAUAGUGGUUACAGUGGAAGUGGCUACAGUGGCAGUCCAUCAACACGCUUCUCUGAGUCUCCCGGUCCCGGCGCUUACAGCAGGGAUACGACACCAACAUCCAUGUCAUCCAUGUCUCCUGGGAUCAUAGCUCCCCUGAAGACCCCUUCACGAGUUCGACAAGGCAGUCCAGCCGUGAACAGGCCUCCGGUCACUAUGAGAGGACGGUCUGGAAGUAAUUCUAAUGAGACCGAGGCCCCGGCUGCCGAGCCACAUAGUCUCACGCCCUUGCGAGAGUCACUCACUUCGUCAUCAUCGAACUCGACUGUGAAGGGGGAGAAGGGGGAUGGAAAUACGAAAGAGAAGAAGAAAAAGAAGAGGCUUUCGCCGUUGCCACCUAGUCCGCCACCGCGGAAAUCGUCACAGAAGUUCAAGAAGAAUCGCCCUGAGGAGCAGGAGUCGCCUUCCAAGCCAUCACAAGCACCAGCACAGCUGGUCAUGACUUCUCCUGAACUGUCAUCGCCGGCAAAGCCAAGACCGGUGCCUUCGCAUACCCGUCAAAAGAGCAACCCUCCGGUGCGACCCAGCAGAGAAGGAGCCCCUGAUCUGCAAUCACAGUUGCAGCACACCAUGACUCCAAUCAUCCAGAGCAAUCUUGCCGGCAUCAGCUUCUCAGAUCGAAGACGCAGUGCGCUGCCUGGGGUCACUGUUAGUUCUCCAUUGCAAACUCAACUUCCAUCACCAGCAUCUCGUCGUCCUUCAAACGGCUCACCAAGCCCUGCCAUAGCCUCACCAAGAGAAGGGACACCUGCGCCUUCUGGUCUGGGUCUCAUUCCAGACUUGAGGCCUCCGAGCAAGUCUGCCUCUUCUACUGGUACUCGAACCCCGAGUCCGAGUGUUGCGAACAGCAGACCGCGUUUCGGACUAUUCGGACGAAGGACAAAGACCGCUCCUGGGGUUCCGACAGUUGAAAAGACGGUGAGAAAAGGACCGGCAGCUGGGACUGGACAUGAAGGAUAUGGCAGAUAUGCUGUCCGGGGUCGAAGUAGCAGUGCUGGCGGUCUGGGUCGAGGUCGAGACCGCAGCAUGAGCGGCGCCAGCUCAUCUCAAGAAAGCGUCGCGAUACAUGAUCCCUUCCUGCUCGAGCGAAUGAGCCCCGUCAUCAUCGCCGGCGGAGGAGACAUCAUCGAGAACCGAAAUGCGUCUUCGGAGUUAAGCCGCUCGGAGAGUAACACGAGCAUCUCAUUGGCCGGGACCUCACACCCAUCGUCCAAUAAGUCCAGCCUCAGCCACGAGGCGGCCCGUACCACUCUCUGGCCGUCCGCGCUUCCCCGGGAUGCUGCCAAACGGCAAUCUGCCAUCGCUCUACCAAAAGGUCGUCGACCUUCUGAUAGCAGCGAUGAUGGAAUCGGGAAGAACUCUUUAGCUUUCCGGCGGUCGAUGCAGCGAUUGAACAAUUCUGCAAGUGCGCUGCAUCUCCCGCGCCCGCUGAACAUCUCCAAGAUCACCGGCCCGGGAUCGAUGACUAGCUUGGACGCGAGUAUCAUGUCUGAUGAGUCGCAGGUUGACAUGCAAGUUGAGGUUGGCAGAGGUCGCAAAGGAGUCAUCACCAAGCCCAAGAAGCUGGAGAAACGUCCCAAGUCGCCGAGGAAGUGGAACUUCUUCCACCGGUCGCAACCCAAGACGGAGACACCAGCUCCAAUGCAAGUCACGGUGGGCAAACUCGCUGCCAAGCCCAUACCGCAUUAUGCUAUGCUGGACUCUUCGGAUGAGCAGCAGGAUCCGCUGGGCAUUCCGGACUUGGAGGAUAUCCUCCGUGACGCCGAUGUCAUUUCCCUGUCGAACGAGGAGCUGGACUUGCUGCAGUUUGGUGAGACACGGGAGGAGGCGAAGGAAAUGCCAGAGGUAGAGUCAGUGCCGGAGGAGAAGCCUCCAGUCAUCUUCACCACACCGGAACCAACGACUCCAGAACCACCAAAGACAGACCUCCAUCUCGUCAAAGAGACAGCACCAACUCGCCCCAGUCGACUGCCACAAGUUGGAAGGAUACCCAAGGUUAUCUCCGCUCGACCAGAAACAACAUCACCAAAAUCUUUCUCCCGACCCUUCGCACGCCUCAGCACCAUACAACCUGUCCAAGUCCAGCUCACAACAAUCGAUAGAGACUCCGUCGCCGUUGGCCCCAGCCCCGAGAAACCAUCAACUCCCGAACCCCUCCUUGUCGUGCGCAAAGACGACCGACAAAGCUCCGCGGACUCCAAGACCGACAGCACGGCUGCCAGUCACAAGGACUUCCUUGCCUUCUCACCACGCAAAAACUCUGAAGCUACAACAAGCUCUUCUGGCGGAUUGAGUUUCGCAGGCACUACAGCUGUGAUACCCGAGCCGGACGCUGCGCUUGUGGAAGAUGAAGUGUGGAAUGAAUAUGAUGACCUGAUUGAAACCCCCAACAAUGACAACGAUGACACGAUCAAAGUUCCCACCUCCGCAACAUCCUCGCACGGUGUACCAUUCCAAUACGAGAGCUACGAGUCUCGCAGGAUACGGAAGAGCAAGAUCCAGCCUCCCAAGGAAUCGCCUACUGUGACAAAGUUCCCCUCCAUCAAGGAGCAGGCCGUCGAAAGACGUUCGGCGAUGUCCACUUCCAGUACCUAUAGCGCGGACAUGAAUGCUAGGAUGAAAGAUCUGCUUACUACGGUCCCGUCUCCUACUACACCGAUGAGCUUCACGGAAUUCUUCUCCGGGUAUGGAGAUCGCAAUACCUCAACCCCGGGCUCAUCAGCUCGCAAACCUCAUCAGCGUACAUCCAGCAGCAACUCUCCCAAGCCUCACCGCGAUUCCGAUGGUUCAAACAAGUCCAGCCACUCGCGCUCGCUAUCUGCAAACGCGAUGCUCUCUAUCCCAGAACAGGAAAUGGAAAGAAGAGAGGAGUCGCCGAUCAGCCAGGUUAAUCUGAGGGUGGGGAGUAUGACGGUUAGUAAGUGGUUGACAUUCGGACACGUGCUGUUCAGUCCUGCAAAGGAGGAGAUCAUCGCUUCCUCCCCUUCUUCCUCCAAGACGCACUCGAUUCUUGUUAUCGACGGCCUUGGAAAUGACGACUGGUCCUUCUACGCCUCCGAAACCUACCCCAACAGCACAUUCUACAACCUCUCAUCAACCCGCCCCAUCUCCCCUUCCUCUCAACCUUCGCACCCCUCAAUCCAAACUCCACCAAAUCAUCGCCAAGUACACUACCCAUCACCCUCGCAAAAAUUCCCCUUCCCAAGCUCCACCUUCUCACUCGUGGUUUUCCGCUUCCCACCAGCAAUGUCGCUUUCGCAUUACGGCAAUAUCGUGAGUGAAAGCAAGCGGGUCCUCAAACCAGGCGGAUUCCUCGAGAUGGCGAUCCUGGACGUCGAUAUGCUGAACAUGGGCAACCGCGGUCGGCGCGCAGUCCGCGGUCUCAAACUCCGCCUGCAGCAGACGGACCCGGGACUCGUGAUCGGAUCUGCAUCGGAUGUUAUUUUGAAGACGGUGGGGAAGAGGGGGUUCACGAGCGUGAAGAGCUGUAAUGUGGGCGUGCCUGUUGCGUCAGCGAUUCCUAGCCCCGCGGAACGAGCUGCGAAGGCUGCGCAUCGGGGUAAGGAGUCUCAGGAACUCAGUCUCACGGAUCUGCUGAGGAGUUCGAGCAAUGCGAGUGACAAGAUCGAUGCGAAGGAGGUAGAUGACAAUAUCACGAAGAUGGUUGCGAAAGUGGGGAGGUUUUGGUACACGCGGUGUUAUGAGGGGGUGGGGGGUGGGAAGGAGAGUAUAUUUGAAGACCAGGCGCUGUUGCAGGAGUGCGAGGGGUGGAACUCGAGCUUCAAACUCGUGGUGGCGUACGCCCAAAAGCCCGUCCAAGGGAGGAGACGGACGAACAGUGUAUAA